ACUACGUGCUAAGUACACUCGUGAAUGUAUGGAAUAGUAUGAAAACAAAAGUGUCAAACAGUUGUCAAAUACACAUGUAUGUAGAUCAACCGUUUGACCGGGACCGUGAUAACACUAUUUAAGCAUAAGAUGGCCGAGAAUGAAUUUGUAUCCGACAGUGACGAAUGUCUCGUUACGGAGGCUAUUAAUUUAGAUAUUGAAGAGUUAGAUAAUACGGAAUAUGCUAUACCAAUCGUGGAAGAAUUACCCACCUUAGAGAGUAUAUUGAUGGAACCCGAUUACGAGUCACUAUCGGAAACGGAGGACGAUGUCGGUGUACCGUUGGUAGAAAAACUUGGUAGCAGUGAAACAACCAGCAUCGGCAGUCACCUAUCUCUGAAUUCGUUAAAUAAAUCCUCUAAGAACGCUCAGAGACCCUCCUCGGGUGUUAUCUUAAGGCACGUCAUACUCAAAGGAAUAACAUCACAAAUUGUAUCGGCCAAUGAGAGAGUCAAUGCUGGUUUGGCUAGUGCAGUUGCAGCUGGGGGAAACAUGCUGGUAAUUGGUACUAGCCAUGGUUUAAUUUUGGGCUUUGAUUCGUCGCAAACAUUGCGAUGGUGCGAUCAGGAAGCGAGACAUCAAGGUUCAGUUUCAGCUCUUUGCUUCAAUUUUGAUGGUAGCAGGGUGUUGGCUGGUUUUGUCAGAGGACAUAUCUUGAUGUUGGAUAGUAGUAAUGGAAAAGUUUUAAGAAUUCUUACUGAUGUACACCCACUCGACACUGCUGUGUUACAUGUCAAGUUUACAGAUUCGCCAAAAAUAGCUUUGUGCAGUGAUAGUGGUGGUUCAGUGUUUGAACUGAAUUUCACUAGAGUGAUGGGUGUACGAGGUUGCGACAGUAGAUGUUUGUUUAGCGGCUCCAAGGGAGAAGUGUGUACUCUAGAGCCUUUGCUGUUGAAUCAUUUGCCGUCACAUCCACUGAAAAAUUAUACAUUAGUAGCAAUGGCAACAUUAUCAAAGGUAAUUGUAGUCUGCAUAAGACCGCGAAUGCGCGUUGUAUUGAGUCAUCCGUUGACCGGUGCCGCGAUAGCACCACCACAACUGUCUUGGCAAUUAGUUGUGAUACAAACGGCCGAUGGCUCCCGCGUGAUCGAUCCAGUAUUGGCGCUCGCAAGGGAUAAUGUGGUGUAUUUUUAUCAAGUGUAUACUGAAAUUGGUACGCGAGUAAAGCUAUCUCCUCUUCGAAGGAUGACGCUGCCGUACAUGAUAAGCAAUUUGAGGUGGUUAAAUCCGAGAUCUCUCGUGGUACUGGACGCUCAAGAGAAAUUGCAUUUGUUAGAUGUAAGAGCGCAGGAUAAUUUGGAGACGUUAGACAUGAGUCGCGUUGGUAUUUCUUAUGCUUCUAGUCAUUUUAAGGGAUUGUCUACCGGCGGAAAUGUUUCCAAGGCGAUGGCGUUAACCGGUGAACGGGCGUGCUACAACACCGUUGUAGUCUUCGGUUCGCAAUUGUUGUUAUUAGGUACAAAGAGUUUACAUGUAAUAUGUAUGAGAACAUGGACUGAAAGAUUGCAACAUUUGAUCGUGCAGAAACGGUUCCCCGAAGCGUUAGCGUUGGGCCUUUCCUUUUAUCAAGACAAAGGCAAGGCGGUUAUCGGCUUGCGAGGUUCUAAGCAACGUCGCAAGCAAAUAGCGCGUGACAAAGUUUGCGAAGUAUUGGUGCAGUAUAUGGAUGAAUUAAAUCAAUGUUUGGUAGACGAAAAUAUAGAUUACGAUACGAUAGUCCUUACUUGUGUCGAUUACUGUAUUCAAUUGGAAAAUCUAGAUCUGCUAUUCGGAAAGUUGUGGGACAUAGUUUUUGAGUCAGAAGGACUGAGAACUAGUUACCUGCAUGCCCUCGAAACUCCUCUGCUAGAUGGAAGUCUUCAACCAAGAUUGCCGCCAUUGAUCGCCCAGCAAUUGGUCACUCUUUACGAUCAAGAAGACAAGGUAGAUUCGCUGGAAGCGAUUGUGGUUCUACUUAAUGUGGAUUGCUUGGAUAUUCAUCAAGUAACGACAAUCUGUCGUCAGCGAGGACUUUGGGAGGCACUGAUUUAUCUCCAAACAACGGCGCUAGGCGAUUUUACAGCGCCCAUUCAUCAAUUGGUACCGGUACUUCAGAAUUUAUUGCAGGAUCCAAUAGCCACCCUCUCUCGUGACUGUAUAAAACUCGGCAACGCCAUUCUAGUUUACACUAGCUGCUGCCUCGCUGGUCGUGGAUUUCCCAAGGACGAGCUCCCCGAAGGUAUGCCGCAGAAAGCGAAAGCGGACAUACUGAGAGCCUUGUUAUCCCAGCAUUCCAGUUUAGCGAAUGACAUGGAAAGGCAAUAUCCGUACUUGAGAACAUUACUGCAAUUCGAUGCAAAGGGCUUUCUCGACGUUAUAGCCAUCGCCUUUCAGGAGCCAGAAUUUACGUCCGAAAUGGGCCUUCGGCACCGGCAGAGGCUUAUAGACAUCUUGUUGAGUAUUGUUAUUCCGAGUACGCCACUUACUCCGAAAAAUAUCGAUUACAUCACGACAGAGCAACAGUUUAUGGUUCUCGUUUUCGUCGCACACGAAGUGUCUGAAAGCACUGUUACGUUAGAAUCUAGUACUUUGAACAGAAUGAUAGAUAUAUUGUGCAUCGAUUCACACGUAGAAUUAUCGAAGGACUUAAAAACUGAGAGAGAAAAUGCUGUGCUAGAAUUGCUGCAUUCUAAAAAGUUGUGCAAUAUUUCUGAUAAUACUGUAUUAAAUUUAGCAAAUAGAGCGAAUUUCAUAAGAGUCGCGGAAUUAUUGUACAGUGCGCGAGAAGAUUGGGUGGCGGUAUGUAAAUGCAUGAUCUUGGAGCCAUCGAGGUAUCACGACGUGUGGCCCUGGCUCGAGCAUCUACCGACCGCUUCGUUAGACCAAGUUAUAUCGAUUCACACUUCAACUCUCUUGACGAUUAAUGCCACUCAGUUUGCCGUGAUAAUCGCGGCACGGUUGCAAAAUAAAAUUGAUGCGAUAUUGCAAAGUCUUACCGAUGAUUUAAACUUGGAAUACAAGCUGCUAGGGGCAUUGUAUCAAGUCGCACAGUACAAGGAGGAAGACGUUUCUCUAGAAUUAACAACCGAAUACUUGGAGAGAUAUCUAGCGUUAAUGUGCGAGUUGGAGCCAGCGCGCGUAGUUGCCCAUUUGAAUGGGCCGCACGGGUGCAGACUGGAUGAGGCGUUAAAGAUCGUUCAGAAAUGGAAUUGUAAAGAUGCAGAGGCAGUGAUGCUGGAGAAGCUUGGUAAUUAUCAGGACGCGUUCGAUCUUCUGCUAAAAGAGUUUGAGGAUCGGCUGGAGAUGUACCGGCAAGAUAAGGCUUCGGAAAGCGAGACGGUGCACGCCGCCAUUCAACUCGCAGGGGUAUGUCGGAGAUCGGCGGGGAAUCUUGAUUGGAUGCCUCUUGUGGAAGUUAUGUUUCGAUCACAUUCCGAGAAUAACAAGCAGAAGACGGACAUAUUGAAUGGCAAAUUAUUGCGAUUAAUUUUAGAAUCUCUGAGUGGCACGUCGAUAUUGUCGAAUAUACUAGAGCAAAUUCUGCGAAAUCCAUCGACAACGAGCGGAACGAUGGGUGACAUACGGCAACUACUGUCCGGAGUGCUCACUCAGUCGCGAUACGAGCAAACUCUAGUCGAAACUACCGCGCGAUUAGUGAGCUUAGAGCUUCACAAAGCUCUAGAAAAAUCUUUGAGAGACGCCGGUAGAGCCUGCGGCAAUGUUUCCAUAACUUGUCCCGUGUGCAGACAGCCGUUGUCGCAUUGUUCCGAUCACGUGGUGGUGUUCGGCUGCGGUCAUGGAUAUCACUCGACGUGUUUAGGCGAGUCCAAAUCGUGUUACAAAUGUUUAAACACGAAAGGAUGGGCGCCCGUCGCUACCAAUGUAGCACACGCUGUUCCGCAGCCCCCGCCGAGAAAGAAACAGCUCCUUCCGCCAGAAUUUCUACGUCACAGAGACCUCGCGCUAAGGCUGGCACCGUCUUGCUCCAUUCCCGACCUCGAGGGCAUCUUUUAAAUCUAGUCUUCGACUAUCGAGAACGAUGAACGCGUUUGUUAGCGCUAUCGAUGGAACGUCCGUUCUACGUUUUAUCUUAAUGAUGAAAACUGGUUUCUUGGGCGCGUUAUCCGCUAGAACGCGAGACGGGUCCAUAGGUUCCUCAUCCAAUAAUUCACCGGUGAGAAGUUUCGCGACAAUUGGAAAAACAUCCAACUUUGGAUCCUUGGAUUUGUCGAUCGGUGAUAUUUCGACGUUUGAGAUAUACGUGUCUACAAUAGAUUCUAGCUUAAUAAGAAAUGGAUUCAACUUCAAUAUAGCUAUGUAUUGCUGUAACUGCAAAUCAAAAAGGAUCAAUGAUUAAUUGAUAAUUUUGCUUAAAGGGAACAUUUUAUAGGGUGUGUAUAUGUAUAUUUCACAGAUAUACAAUGUAUCGUAUGCGUAGAUACGUGCCUUAUCAUCGGAUCUUUCGAGAUUACGUAAUAAAUCUUUGAUUUCAUUUAUUAAAAUGUAGCACUUGGCGAGAUAUUCACGACUGUAUGCAGUCUCGCGAAUAUGCAACAACUCCCUAGUUAAAGAUCUCUCUUUCUUUAUCUUUUCAAGGAGCAACGAUAACGGUAUCCCCGAUAGCGUACGACUGCCCACCUGAAUCUUGGAACAUUUUUCACAAACCUGUAUAAUUUAUGCGUUAUUCCUGUAAAUACUUAUACAAGAAAUGCAUAAAUGUAAAAUAGAAAAGUU